GACCAGAGCAUCCAUCCACUCUGGGCAGCAUGCACAACCUGGCAUUAACAUGGAAACUACUAGGAAAGGUUCAAGAUGCCUUAGCUCUAAUGGAAAAGUGUGUAGGGCUCCGCCGCACCUUGUUAGGUCCAAAUCACCCAUAUGCCAUAUCCUCCUCUAACGUUCUUAGAGAGUGGGAAAGAGAAUUGAAUUCCCUAUCAAAGAAGCCAACACAGCAAACUUCAGCUGCAACCUCUCCAGCCUUGCCUAUCCACAAUAAUCCUCCGAACCAGAUAAAAUCAGAUUCCAAACCUGUCACAGGCGGUAAAAGAUGGGAAUUAAAAAGGGUUUCGGGAGAAAAUGAUCUACGUUAAGCCUUUUACUGCGGCUAGAUUAUACAUGUACUUAAACUGGUUUAUGUACUAACCAGGCCUCCAAAUAAUUAUAAUCACGUGUACCUCUGGCGCUGACAAUGUUGGAUGGUUAUAUAACAAAAAAAACUUCUUUUCC